UUGUCAGAGGAGUAUAUAAGCCCGGGUAUGACCAUACCCCAACACUACCAUCCGGCCCACAGAAGCCUCUGGAGUUCUCUGGGACCACUUGAAACUGACUAGACAUGAAGAUUCUGGCAGCUAUCUGUGUGCUCGCGGUCGGUGUGAGUGCACAGGUUGGGCCUUCAGGUAUCGUCAGUCCUGAUGGUGUCAACACACAGUUCUCUCACGAAUACGCUAACAACAUCGUGUUGAUAGGGCCUUCUGGCAUCGUUACCAGGGAUGGUACCAACCGCCAGCUGACUGCGGGAGAAGCUGGCCUCCAGGUGGCCACCAACCCGAUCCCUGUGGCUCAGUAUAUCAGCAACUAUGGAGCUUUCGGGCCCUCUGGUAUCGUUCGCCCCGAUGGUAAGAACAUUCAGUUCACCCAAGAUCAGGUCGAUCAGUAUGUUGUAGUUGGCCCCUCCGGAAUUGUUUCAAAGGACGGCAAAAACAUCCAGUUUACUGAUGACCUUAAGUUCGCUCCCCGCAGCAAGCGCAGCACUGCUGGCUUUGUCACUCCCCAGGGCAACGUUGGCUUCUCAGGCAUCCUGAGACGUGAUGGCAGCACUGACCUCUUCAGUCAUGAUCUUGCUCAUGACAUUCUCUACUUUGGACCUUCUGGUGCUGUCACUAAAUCCGGCCGAAAUCUCCAGUUCACCGACGACUUGAGAAUCGCGAAUCCACGAAGCAAGCGUGCCCUGGUGGGGCCCUCUGGUAUUAUCCUCGAUGAUGGUACCCCAGUCCAGUUCAAAACGGCAGGUGUGACCAUUGCCCUCGAGGGUCCCUCUGGUUACAUCUUGAGUGAUGGCACCCCUAUUCAGAAGCGCAGCAAACGUGCCCUGGUUGGGCCCUCUGGUAUUAUCCUUGAUGAUGGUACCCCAGUCCAGUUCAAAACGGCAGGCGUGACCAUUGCCUUGGAAGGACCCUCUGGCUACAUCUUGAGUGAUGGCACCCCCAUCCAGAAGCGAUUCUAAUCAUGUGAUAAGCUACUCGUGCAUCAUCCCUAGCGAUUGAAUGAUCCAGCUGGAACUUGGUUAAUCUGUUACUGUCCUCUCGAACGGCAAGAUCAUCCACGUGAGAGAACGAGUUUUCUCCCCAUUACCUUUCAACAUGACUCGGUCUCUCAAGAUCAGUGAUACCUUUACUUUGUAUUUUCCAAUUGUACAGAAUUCAGACAAAUACUAUGUAUAGGUCUUUUCCAAACAAAUAAAUUGUCUUCUUUUUA